AUGGAGGACCAAACUAAAGCAACGGCAACAGAGCCUCAAGAGCUCAGAAAUGACACUGGAGGCGUUGGAGUUGAAGCCGCAGAGGGGGAACCGAUUCAAAAUACGGAGGAACAAUACGAAGCAGAAAUCGAAGAGGAGGAUGAAGAUGAGGAGGACCUCCUUGAUGACACCUGGACGCUAACCGAUCUCACAUCGACAUCUGGCGACCUCACAAAGCAGUACGCCCGUCAAAAGAAGUUACUACAGGCCGAAAGGAAUCCAAACAUGCACAAGUCACAAGUUCCCAGAAUAAAUCCACAGGGCCAGACGGGAAAGCAAAAGCCGAAAGGAAAUAUGGAGGCCAGAAUUGAUGAUCAGAUUGCAAGUUUAUCAAAAUUUGCACAUCGUAUAAAGCUCGACGAUGCUGCAGCUGGUAUGAUAGGGAAAGGUCCAAGAAACACUGACAAAGCGGAUCGAGCCACAACCGAGUUAGUGUUGGAUCCAAGGACCCGCAUGAUCUUGCUAAAGGCCAUAAAUAAAGGCAUCCUAGAAUCUGUGAACGGAUGUUUGUCAACUGGCAAGGAAGCAAACGUCUAUCACGCUGUCUCUGGUGAACUGGAAAACCCAGGGCGUCAAAUUGCAAUAAAGAUCUACAAGACCUCAAUUCUUGUCUUCAAAGAUCGUGAUAGAUAUGUCAGCGGCGAAUACCGUUUCCGCCAUGGCUACCAAAAAUCCAACAAUCGACAACUAGUAAAAUUAUGGGCAGAAAAGGAAAUGCGAAAUUUAAAGAGGAUAUAUACCGCUGGAAUACCAUCUCCGGAACCAUUGAACUUAAAGCUUCACGUUUUAUUCAUGGAAUUCUUAGGAAAUAGCGAAGGUUGGCCAUCGCCCAGGUUAAAGGACGCAAAUAUUCCACCAUUAGAAGGCGAAUCAGAUAACUCCGGUGCCUACCAAAAGUUAUAUAUUGAGCUUCUCCGCAUCAUGCGGAAGAUGUUCCACGUGUGCCACCUGGUCCAUGCAGAUUUGUCGGAGUACAACAUUUUGUACCACGAAGGGAAACUUUACAUUAUAGAUGUUUCCCAGUCUGUCGAGCACGACCAUCCUAGGUCUCUGGAAUUUUUGAGAAUGGAUAUCAAGAACAUAUCUGAUUACUUUGGCAAACAAGGUGUCCGCUGUCUCAGCGAACGAAAGCUAUACGAGUUUGUUACGGAAGUUGAUGCGUCGAAUGAAGAAGACAAGAUGACCGAAAGGAUUGAAGAAUUACUCAAAGAGGAACUCGAAAGUGGUGUUGGCGAUGAACAGCGCGGGGUUGAUAAUGAGGUUUUCAGACAGCAGUAUAUUCCGCAGACUCUCGAGCAAGUCUACGAUGUCGAGAGAGAUGCAGAAGUCGUUGAAAAGGGAGGGAAGGAUAAGCUGGUAUACAGGCAUCUUUUGGUUGAUGGCAAGCAAGGAAAAUCAAAUGAGCAAGACGAUGACGACGAGGACGACGAGGACGAAGAUCAGGAGGAAGAUCGGGAUGAAGACGAGGACUCAAGUGUCGACGAAUCCCAAUUCAACAAAACGCCUCGAGGCCGGAAACAUGAAGACAAGGAUGAGAAAAAGGCUCACAAGCAAAAAAUUAAGGAAGAAAAACGGGAAAAGCGAAAAGAAAAAAUGCCCAAACACCUCAAGAAAAAAGCGGUCCAAAAUUCAAGCAAAAAGAAUGAAGCAAUAUCUAUCUGCAAUCGUUAUCGUACAUUUUUAAACUGCGAAGGCGAAUUCGACACCGUUUACCCGCUUUGCGCUUGCUAUACAUCUGGAACGUUCGCAGGAUCGUACGUGGACGGACUUGCACGAACAUGCUCCCAAUAUCUUUUCUCAAUCAGCGGAUCCGAUGUCGCCGCUCCAUUCGCUAGUUUCACCAGUUUCUGUGCAUCCGCCGGCGAUGUGGCUGCAUUGUUAACCUCAACUAUCAGAUCUUGUGAAUCAAUAAACUCGCGAGACCGCGCUUGUGCAAGCGAAUCCUCGAAUUUAGCGUUAUACGGCACUCUCAGUGCCCGCGCCGCCUGCGCAUGCUAUUCUGGCGACGUGUUUUCCAGCUCUACCAAUGACAGACGGGCUUCCAUUUGCUACGAAAAGGCCAGCAUCGCAGGCAACUCCUUUGCAAAUGUCAUCAGAGAGUACACGUCAUUAUGCACAAGUCUUGGUGAUGUUAGAGCUUCGGCUGAGGACCUUACGGUGAACUGCGGAAAUUUUGAAACAGUAUUUUCAAGUUGUUCGUCUAAUACCGCCGGGUUUGGGGAUUUACCAGCAUCGGAGCAAGCUAGUUGCCUUUGUUAUUCCGGAACGGAUUGGAUUGCGGCGGAGGCGGAUAAUGCGGUGGGAACUUGUUUGCAGUAUGCGUCGAGGAAUUUCCAGCAUAGGGUUUCGUUGUAUUCGCCGUAUAGGGGGCUAUGUAGUUCCGCAGGGGAUGUCAGAGCUGAGGCUCAGACUACCGGUGGCAGUGAUAGGCCUACGACUAGACCUUCGCCCGCACCGACAGGAUCCUCUGGUGGCCCAACAUCCACAGGAGCCGGCCCUCUAGAAAGUAACUCCGACAACCCUCAAAAAAAUAAUAGUGGUAGCAGCGGUCUCUCAGGCGGUGCUCUCGCAGGUGCAAUCGUCGGCGCAAUAGGCGGUACUGCCCUGCUUGCUGCCCUCGGGUUCUUUAUCUUCUGGAGAAGCAGAAGAUCGGGUGGCAAGCCUGUUCCACCACCAGCAGGAUAUGGUGGAAUGGACGGGGACGGCGCAAUUGGUGGCAUAGAACAGGAAGUCGGUGGGAUUGCGGAUAAGAACGAGUAUCAGAGUGUACCCAUUCCACCACCGCCAAUGGCUUGGACCCAGCAGGCCCAGCCAAUGAGAUAA